UUUUUUUUUUUUCCUGCUAUACUCAGAAAACACUUUCCUCUGAAUCACAGAAACUGAAACCCCAUGAUACAGUGACGGUGAGAUCUAUUCUUCAAUGGGAGUGUAACACAGAGACUCAUGGGAACACAACAGUGUUUUUAGAGACCAUGAUAUGUGUCAAGCUUUCAUUUCAGUCUAACAAGUAAAACAUAUAACACAUCUGAAAAAGUAAUAAAUUGUAUCUAUUUAGCAAUGUAAUGGGAAGAGCUCAGAUUAAUGACUAUGUAUAGAUUUAAUAUCAUAUCAGGUUUACUGCAGUUAUAUAUGAAUUUCAUGGUGGUCAUACAGUGAAUUAUUCACUGUACUUCUGACUUGCUGAAGUUUCAUCAGCUUCAUUUGUUUGAACAGAACACUGUGUGUGCACAAGAGUUUUUCAGCAUGAAGGACCUACCUGCACAAAAUAUCUCAUUCACUGAGUUCAAAUUAAUCGGUUUCUACAGCCUAGGAGAAUGGAGGCCUUUUUUAUUUAUCCCUUUCUUUUUGAUGCUUUUAUUGGCAAUCACAGCAAAUAUUACUCUCAUAUAUUUAAUCAAAUCUCAAAAGUCUCUGCAUUCUCCUAUGUAUGUACUAAUAGGUGUUAUGGCAGUGUUAGACUUGAUCAUGCCUAUAUUUUUUGUACCUAAUAUGCUUCUUAGCUUUUUAUUUAACUGGAGUGGGAUAUCUCUGACUGGUUGUUUGAUACAAAUGUUUGGCCUUCAUUUUAUUGGGACAUUUCAAUCUACUUUGCUUUUUUGGAUGGCACUGGAUCGUUACUUUGCAAUAUGCAAACCUCUUCAUUAUCAUAAAUACAUGGAAAUCCCUAACUUUCUAAAGUAUGUUGUUGUGCCAGUAAUGAGAAAUGGACUCAUGAUAGUCACUAUGGUCUCUCUGGCUGGAAGACUGUCAUUUUGUGUGACAAAUGUCAUCGAUCACUCUUUUUGUGAGCACAUGGCGCUGGUUCAGUUAGCAUGUGGAGAUAUAUCUGUUAAUAAUAUUGUAGGCCUUUUGUGUGCCUUUCUUAUAACUACUACUGAUUUUAUUCUUAUUACUGCCUCUUAUGUUGUGAUUUUCUAUUCUGUGUUUAGAUCUGGUGAGACUCAUUUAAAGGCCAUUAAUACCUGCAUUACUCAUAUUAUAAUUAUGACACUUAGUUUGAUUUCUGCUUUGAUUGCAUUUUUGUCAUACAGAAUAAGGAAUAACAUUUCUUCUAGCAACCGUAUAUUUAUAAGCAUCCUAUACUUAUUGUUCCCAAGUUGUCUACAUCCACUAAUCUAUGGAUGGAGAACAAAAGAAAUAAGACAAACAUUUCUGAAGUUUAUAAAUAAUGCAAAAGUGUUUCCUUUAUAAAACAGAGUGGCUUUUACAAACGAAUUGAUAAUACAACAUGAUAAUACAUAGAACACAUACCUUUUAUACAAUGAACUGUUGUUUCAGAGAAAAAAGAGUGCAGUUAAUGUCUUUACAAAAUGCCUCAGUCCCACUUUAUAUUACGUGGCCUUAACAACUAUGUACUUGAAUAAAAAAAAUAAGUGCAAUGUAUUUAUUGUGUUCAUAUUGUAUUACAAAUCCCUUUUGCUGCUAUUGAGGUGGGAUACAGGU